ACGACGGUAACGUCACGUAUUUGGUCGAAAAAAACAAAAACAAAAUGGACGACCCUCGAGAACUUCUCUAAAUUAUUUUUUUAAGUUAGUGUGUAUUUUGAUAUACAGCGUAGUGCCUCAUCAAGGUUGGAGUUGUUGUUGUUGUUGUUGGUGGUGGUGGUUGCGGUGGAAGCGAGGCCAGUCAAACCCUCCCCUGAAUCCCAACUCCUUCUGACUCGCCCGCCCCCGGUACGCAGGGCGGUCGUCAAGUUUCCCCACAUCGCCGCUGCCCACCCACCUAUUGGAAGUUUCUUCAGCCCGCCACAGCACGACAGGACGACCAUUCGGGGGACAAACAUGACACAGCAAGGCAAGAAGGUGAUUCUGGUGGUUGUGGAUGUCCUCUGCGUGUUCAUCGCGGCCCUGCCGUCAGCCAUCCUGACGCUAAUGUUCAGACCGUACCAGAGGGGCAUCUACUGCGACGACGAGAGCAUCAACUACCCUUACAGGAGAGACACCAUCUCCCAUGGAGCCAUGGCCGCCGUCACCAUCACCAGCUCCAUAGUCAUUAUCACGACCGGCGAGGCCUACCUGGUACACACCAAGCGUCUGCACUCCAACUCCCAGUUCAACCAGUACCUGUCAGCGCUCUACAAAAUCGUGGGCACCUUCCUGUUCGGAGCGGCCGUCAGCCAGUCGCUCACUGACCUGGCCAAGUUCACCAUCGGACGGCCCAGACCCAACUUCUUGGCCGUGUGCGCCCCUGCCAGCUGCAGCGGGUACCAGCUGCACAUCAACUGCACCGGCAACCCGCGCAACGUCACAGAGUCCAGGUUGUCCUUCUACUCGGGGCACUCGUCGUUCGGCAUGUACUGCAUGCUCUACCUCUCUCUAUAUGUGCAGGCCCGCAUGCAAGGCAAGUGGACACGUCUGGUGCGGCCCACCAUCCAGUUUUUCCUGGUGGCCUUCUCCCUGUAUGUGGGCUACACGCGCGUCUCCGACUACAAGCACCACUGGAGCGACGUGCUGGUGGGACUCCUGCAGGGGGCUCUCAUCGCAGUUCUCACUGUGAAAUACGUCUCAGACUUUUUCAAGCAGCGCUGCAAGCCAGCGUGCACGCGGACGGACGCGGUCGACGGCGAGCAUCUGGAAAGCAAACCCGUCCCGCCGCGUACCAACCACUACAACUACUCCCCGCCCGUAUGACAUGCCAACACACACCCACUUAGGCCAUUUCAUGUCCGUAACCACUCGCCGGAACUCUUCAAAUCCCCCUCCACCAACACAUUUGCAUAGCUAGAAAUACAAAGUGAAAUGUGUUGUCUCAAUAUGUGCAAUGACGCGAUGCUUUUGUUACGGUUUGCUUGGAGUAUCGAUGCUGUGACUAGAUGGAGAAACGUGUGAACAAUUCAAUCAGUUUUCUUUUGAUUUCGGAUAAGACUGCUUCACCACUAAAAUGUUCUCUUUUAUGAGCAGACCACUUACUGCUUGAGCUCAAACAUUUUUAUAUUCAGUAUUGUAAUUUUUGUGCAUCACUACCGUGUCUUAUCGAAUAAAUUGUGCCAUUAUUUUUAACAA